CUCUCUCUCUCUCUCUCUCUCUCUCUCUCUCUCUCUCGGUCGCUCGCUCUUGGCGUGUAUGAGCUCAACCAUGGAGGUCCCAGUAGCAUUCUCGACUCCACCAUGUUGGAGCAGCAUAGUGAAGCAGCCCCAACCAACCCCCACUCACCACCACCAAUCCACGGCAGCCACCGCCGCCGAUCGAGUACUCGUGGGGAGCUGCAAAUCCGAGAAAGGCAUCGCCGUCGCAGUGGUGGACGCCAACGCAAUCAUUCAGGGUGGAGAGAGGCUCACCCACUCCGCCGACAAGUUCGUUUCAGUCUCCGAAGUCAUCAGCGAGAUCCGCGACCCAACCUCUCGGCAUUCCCUCAAUUUCCUCCCCUUCACUGUCGAUACCAUGGAACCCACCCCUGAAGACCUCAAAAAAGUUAUCAGCUUUGCUAGGGCGACUGGUGACUUACAGACUCUUUCAGAUGUUGAUCUCAAGCUCAUUGCUUUGACUUAUACAUUGGAGGCUCAGAUUCACGGAAUUAAACAUCUCCGAGAUAGGCCCCCUCCUAUUCACACUGUUAAUGUGAAAAGGCUGCCUGAGAAGGAACUGCCUGGUUGGGGCUCCAAUGUUCCUAAUUUGGAAGAAUGGGAAGCAUUAGAAAAUGCACACGAGGAUGGAUCGAACCCUAGUUCAAGAAUCCUCCCCCUGAAAGAUUUGAAUUUGAAUGUUAUCCCCACAGAUCAACAUAUUCCAGAGAAUGGUUCUACAGGAGAUGGUGCUGAACCUCAUUCUGAAAAGCAAGAGGAUGCAGAUGGAGGUUUUAGGAAACCGAGGAGAUAUCCUCCAAAGAUGAAAGAGGUAAAUGUCGAAGGGAAGAAGAUGGUGGCAGAUGGUAUUGAUGCAUCACAGGGACAAUUUGAUGAUAACUCUGGUGAUUGGUCACCCGCUGUCAGUCGAAGUACUCACAGAAGAUACCUCAGAAGAAAAGCUAGGCGUGCAAUGCAUGAAGCCUUGUCUGAAAAAGAUCAUCAGCAAGAUGCAACUGAAAACGCUGACAGUGAAAAUCUUAAGGACUCUACAUGCCCUCCUCUGAUACACGAAAGUUCUGAAGAAACACAUGUUGGGAAUGGAGAUUUAGAAGAAACUAAGAUCUCUGAAGGUAAGAACAGCAAUGGGGAUAUUUCCACAAUUUUGAAUCAAAUGAGGCUGGACGAGGAUUUGUUGAAGUCUCUUCAAGAAGGUAAGGAUGUGGACAUGUCUUGUGAAGGACUUGAGUCUCGCCAUUCCACAGUGGCAGACUAUGGUAGUCAUGAAAAUGUUACAGUUGAAGCAGAUGAGGUUGAAUUUAUUAAUCAAGGAUCAGAUAGCUUGGAGAUCUCAAGCCAGAACAGUGAAAGUGCCGGUGCAUCAUAUAUGGAUGACAACAGUAGCGAGCAGAGCUGGAUGCUAAGAUCCUUGUCUGACUCUAGUGUGGCUUGUGUAACCAGCGACUUUGCAAUGCAAAAUGUUCUUCUUCAGAUGGGUUUACGCCUGCUGGCACCAGGAGGAAUGCAGAUCCAUGAGCUGCACAGAUGGAUUCUGAAAUGCCAUGCCUGCUUCAAAGUGACUACAGAAAUUGGUAGGAUUUUUUGUCCCAGCUGUGGAAAUGGGGGAACUUUACGCAAGGUAGCUGUUACAGUUGGUGAAAAUGGCAUUGUGCUUGCAGUUCGUCGGCAUCGUAUCUCUCUGCGUGGCACAAAAUUCUCACUGCCUCUACCUCAAGGUGGGAGAGAUGCUAUUACUAAGAACCCAAUUUUACGGGAAGAUCAGCUCCCACAGAAGUUCCUGUACCCAAAAAUGAAGAAGAAGAAUAAACAGGGAGAUGACAUUUUCGCUUCAAAUGAUAUCUUUCUCCACCAUACCGAUAAGAGAGCUCCUCUACAGCCUCCUGUAAGGAAAGCCGUAGCAGUUUUCAGCGGAAAGAGGAACCCUAAUGACAAUCAUUUCUCCCGUUCUCAGCAGUAAUCAGUAAUUUAACCUGAAAUUUUGUAAUGCAUGUUGACAUAAAAAUUUACCUUAAAGGUUUAGUUGAAUUGAGGGAGUGUCGACUUGGGAGCAUAGGUGAGGUUAUUCAUAACAAGUCUUGCUUAUGUAUUGUUCAGUGAUCUGAGUGCAAUUUUAGUGUGAUUUUCUUCUCUCUUUUUUUCCCGAUAAUCUCUCAGCUUCACUUCACCUUACCCUUUUCCCAUAAAUUAUCCCUGGAAUCAUAUCCUCCAUAUUCUCAAGAAUGUAUAAG